AUGGAAUUAUUUUUGCAAUUCGUAUUAUCACUUCAAUAUUAUUUCCUGCAGAUAGUGGAGCCAAUUGUUCGCGAAUGGCGUGACUAUCGCCGUUUGUCAACAAUUCACGCUCGUAUCAGCGAUGCUCUAGCACGCAUAGAACCAACCGUUUCUGUGGUUGAAGACACAGCCGAUGCUUGGAUGUCGCCAUUAAUGAGCGCUGACAAACGGUGUUUUGGAACGUACUUUCGCGUUGGUUUCUAUGGCACUCGGUUUGGAGAUUUGGAUGGUGAAGAAUACAUAUACAAAGAAGCUCCAUUCACAAAACUCUCCGAAAUAAGUCACCGACUUGAAACGUUCUACACCGAUCGUUUUGGCAGUGAUGUUGUGGAAGUCAUUAAGGACUCUAAUAAUGUUGUUCGUGCAUUGCUAAAUCCAUUAAAAGCGUAUCUUCAAAUAACAUAUGUGGAACCUUAUUUCGACAAAUGGGAAAGGCGAAGACGUCCGACACAUUUCGAACGUAGUCAUAAUGUUAGAAGGCAUGUAAUCUCUUUGUUAUUUAUUUACGCCACACCAUUUACUCGUGAUGGUAAAGCCCAUGGGGAUUUGAAAGACCAGUAUAAACGACGAACUAUUUUAUCUACACAAUACAGUUUCCCUUAUGUAAAAACACGAAUACGGGUUGUGGAGCGAGAACAGAAGGUGCUGCAACCCAUUCAGGUGGCCAUCGAAGACGUUGAGAAAAAAACUAGAGAGCUUUCUGCUGCAGUUGCUCAAAAUCCUCCAGAUGCAAAAAUGUUGCAGAUGGUGUUGCAAGGAUGCAUUGGUACCACUGUAAAUCAGGGACCAAUUCAAGUGGCAAAUGUGUUUCUGACUGAUGUUGCCUUGAAUGAACACGGAAAACCGGUUGAUAAGUUCCAAAACAAGUUGAGACUUUGUUUCCGCGACUUCUCUAAGAAGUGUGCUGAUGCGCUUAUCCUCAAUAAGCAGCUCAUCCUUCCGGAUCAGUUGGCUUACCAGUCCGAACUGCAAAAGAACUACAUUGAGUUCACACGUAGAAUGGCUCCAGUCAUGGGUGGUGGUGGUGGUGGUGGCGAUCACUCUGCCGAAAAACAAAUCAUCACGCAUGUCGAACGUGCCAUAGCUGUUGCCACGGAAGUUGGACCGGCUCGCUUUAUAGUGCGUCUUGAAUAUAUCUUUGAUCCUCAAGUGUUGACGGAAGACAUCGUUGGUGACGUUCCAGAUGGAUUUGCCGUUAGACCGCUUAAGAUUCACGAUUAUGACAAUGGGUUUUUGGAACUGUUGGCUCAGUUGACGUUCGUUGGUGAAGUUACACGGGAUGCUUUUGAAGAUCGUUUCAAACGAAUUCGAAGAACUACUCCUCAAUCAUAUUACAUUGUUGUCAUUGAAUGUUUGAGCAGUGGACGUCUUGUUGGUACAGCAACGUUAGUACUUGAGUGGAAGUUCAUUCAUCGUGUAGGCUGCCGAGGCCGAGUUGAAGACGUCGUGGUCGACAAAAACUUGCGUGGAAGGAAAAUGGGGGCGCUGCUUAAUAGAACACUUGUAGCUCUUGCGAGACAGGUCGGUGUCUACAAAUUGUCUCUGGAGUGCAAAGACGCGCUAAUUCCAUUCUACGAACUCUAUGGCUAUAAGAAAGAUAUAGGCAACAAUUUCUUAGUGCAACGAUUUGAUAAGGAUUUGAGAGAAAUUGAGAUUCCUUGCGGAAACGAGGAAGAAUUCACAAAUCAUACUCAUCUAAAGUGGGACAAGGAGUGGAUGUUCCAUAAGCUGCCAAAAGUGAUAUUAGUUAUUGAUUGA